UGGAAGCGGGAGUGAAGUCUCGCGAGAAGAGGUGGUUGCUGUAGCGGAGCUCUCUGGCAGUGUGUGCCUGAGGACCCGCCGCCGGAGCUGUGGACGGUUUGGUGAGCCGUUAGUGCUUCUGCAGAGACUCACGCCGCCGUCAUGUCUCGCUACCUGCGCCCCCCCAAUACAUCUCUGUUCGUAAGGAAUGUGGCCGACGACACCAGGUCUGAAGAUUUACGACGUGAAUUUGGUCGUUAUGGUCCUAUAGUUGAUGUGUAUGUUCCACUUGAUUUCUACACUCGCCGUCCAAGAGGAUUUGCUUAUGUUCAAUUUGAGGAUGUUCGUGAUGCCGAAGAUGCUUUACAUAAUUUGGACAGAAAAUGGAUCUGUGGACGCCAAAUUGAAAUACAGUUUGCACAGGGGGAUCGGAAGACUCCAAAUCAAAUGAAAGCCAAAGAAGGGAGGAAUGUGUACAGUUCUUCACGCUAUGAUGAUUAUGACAGAUACAGACGUUCUAGAAGCCGAAGUUAUGAAAGAAGAAGAUCAAGAAGCCGGUCCUUUGAUUACAACUACAGAAGAUCUUACAGUCCUAGAAACAGUAGACCGACUGGAAGACCGCGGCGUAGCAGAAGCCAUUCCGACAAUGAUAGCCAAGUAAGCAAGAAGAAAAAUGACAGAUAAUGCUUCAGUGAGAAAGGGAAGGUUCUACAUAGAAUAUGAGCUGUUAAGUUACAACCCAGGGAAAAGACCUGGGAACUAUUGUACUAUUCUCUUGAAAAUUUGGCCCAGUAAGCUGCAUCCAGUUCAACUAACAAAAUCCUGUAUACCACAGAGAAGAAUAAAGAAAACCAAACUGACAAACAUCCUUCUUUUAUUUAAGACCAAACUGCAGCUGGAAUACCCAGUACAGUUCUGCUUACUACACUUCAAGAAAGAUCUGAGAAAGCGGAAAAAGAACCAAAGAAGGGCAGUUCAAGCGACCAAAGGGUGGGUGGAAGGUGCUGCAGUAUGAAUACUGUACGAAUAUUUUGACUCUGGUCUGAAAAGAUAAAAGAAUGUUAUCGAAACUACAUGGAAUAAUUGAAGUCCCUUCAAGUUUGAAAGUAAGCAUUUUAGGACAAAUAAAAGGAAAUUCAACUUUGUACUUGUGGAAACUAAUCCCUAAAUCUGAAUAGAUUUAUAUUGAUUCAUGGGUAACAGGUCCAUAAUAAAUCAUUGGAAACUAGGAUGUCUGAAUAUCAAGGAAGACAGCCAUAGUCUUACAGUGCCUCUAUUGGUCUGUCUCAAACUGAAUUGGGUGAGAAAAGGUAUGGUCCAGUAUAAACUUUUUCUUGAUAUCUCUUAAAAGUUGGUUCCAUUUUGCUAUUGGCAAAUCUUCCCUUUGUUUAUUACAGUGCCAGUGUUUUCUGCUUAAUGGUUUGCUUUGUUGGCAUCUGAGUUUAUUGUAUGCCUUGUGCAGUUUACAUCUUCCUUAACACUUUCCCAGGUAAAUUCCAAUUAUAAUACUUGACAUCCAGUAAGAGGGUCCAUCUCUUCUCACCUCUUUCCUGGUCAGUAGCAAACAUUUACUAAGCCCUUAACUAUGGGCAAAAUUGGACUGGGUAAAUUGGGGAGAAAAUUAGAUAAAAUUCACUUAAUUAAUGUCUACUGAGCACAAUCUAGUGAAUCAUUACAGUAUGGCCUCGUUUUGUUAGAGGUGUAUUAUUCGUAACUAUUUUACACCGUUCAUAUAAUGUGAUUAUAAAGCCCAAUACACCAUAUCAAAGAUAAUUUUGUGGUUAUCUGCCAUUUAAACGUAUCCAGUAUUUGUUUGCAUCUCAGUACAAUGAAAAAAUGACUUGUUUAAAUCUGUAAUAAAUGAUUUAUUGUGCAGUGGCUGUAAUAUACUAGUUAUAUUAAAUUGUUAAUUCUGCCUCCUCAAACACAUACUAGGAAGUAAUCCCCAAAAUAAGCAUUUAACUUUGUGUUAGAUAUAAAGGAGACUCUGGGUGCUAUAAUUAGAUUCUUUUGAGGCAGACAGCUUGUUAUCCCAACUGAUUUAGUAUGUUCUGUAAUUGAGAAAAUGUUCACCAAGUUAUACUUUUUAGUGAUUUACAUGUACAUUUUAUAGGGGACAUGUUCUGUGUAUAGUGAAUAAAUAACUUUUAUAGUAUCACAAAAUGUUUUGGAUUCCUUAGUUCAUCAGGUUAUAAAGCGUUUACCUGUACAUUGAUUCCAUCACAUAUUUUUGUCUUAUUUCUGCCUUAUAUAUAAAACUUCUAAUUUAAGCAUACUCAUUUAAAAAUACAGAAGUGUUUAAGCCUUUAUAAAGAUUUGAAAUAUAGAACAUAACAUAACUAAGGGAUAUAUAGAACAGAUAUUCUUGCCUGUUUUCAUUUUUUUCAAAUUUUUCCAAGAUCACACAGUAAGUGGCAGAUCCUAGAGUCCAUGGUUCUUCAUUUGGUUCAUCUAUAUUACUGGUUGCUUUUUUUUUAAUAGGGGAGUUUUUGACGCUAUCUAGAGUUCACUUAGAGGGAAGAGUAAAUCAAUUUGUAAAAAUAGAUUCAAUUACAAAAACCUUUUGUUACUAAUCCAAGUUCUCACACAGCUGUUGUGACUCAGACUCUUUCCAGCUUGGCUUUCCCAGUUUUCAACCUGUGUUGUAUUCUGGCCAUAUUCUCGUUUACAAAAAUCCUGAGAUAUUUUUAAAUGGUGAGGCUGUGACUUGAGACAGCGUAGUGGUAGCCCAGAGUAAUCCAGUAGUGGUCUACUAACAGGUCUAUCAAAAAAUCCCAGGAGUAAACUGUUCUCAUUGAUACAUGAUGUAUGCAACCUAUUUGUCUUGAACUAUUGAAAUCUAUAAAGCAAAGCUAGUUGCUGAGGAAAAGUUGCCUUGGCCCUGUCCUCCAAGGGUGUUGCUUAUGUUUAUUAUGCUGGGUUUGUGUGUAUUCCUAGCAGUUGUUUCAUCCCUGUAAUUAAAGUUGGGAUUAUUAUUUGGAAUAAAAAGCAAGGCAUGUACAUGUUUUAUUGAUAAUUGACAGAGUAGUUUGUAAAGAAAUAAAAGGCCUUUUGUCUUUUUUUGUAGAUGACACCUUUGAAUGCUAGACAGUGAAAUAAACGUCUCUGGUAUUUUCGUUUUGUUUCAGUAAUUCAGCUCUGCCUUAAGAUUUCUGAUUGGGUAGGCUCUUCUCAUGUGUAAGGUUUUAGAGAUGUGCUUGUUUUACAAACUGCCUGUGAGAAUGCAAUUAAAGAAACAGAAAACUUA